AUGUUGAAAUCGGUUGCAACCCCUUAUUAUCCUAUUCAGGAUAAUGAAAAACCAAAGCUUUUAUAUACAUCUGCUAAUUUCUUGGGUAUACCCACCAACAGGGGACAACCAAAAAUUGGUACAUAUCAAGGACCAGAACUUAUCCGAAAAUCUAAUUUUUUCCAGCUUGUAGCUGAAGAUGGAAUACAGUUAAUUGACUGUGGAGAUGUUACACCUGUAGAACUAAGUGAAACAGAGGAUCCACAACGUUUUGGAAUGAAAUGGUCACGGAGUUUCUCAUUGACCACUUUAAAAAUAGCCGAACGUGUGGAGGGAUUAAUGAAACAGUCAACUAAACAUAAUACUGAAUCAAAUGAAUCAAAAUCAAGUCCUUUAGUAAUUGUUGGUGGUGAUCAUAGUAUGGCGACUGGAACCAUACUUGGACAUGCUAAAGCUAAACCAGAUCUGUGUGUGUUAUGGAUUGAUGCUCAUGGUGACAUAAAUACACCACUGAAUUCAGCUUCUGGAAAUAUACAUGGAAUGCCUUUAAGUUUUCUAGUAAAAGAAUUACAAGACCAAAUACCGUGGUUGGACGACUUUGAGGGCAUAAAACCUUGUCUCAAUGCCAGUAAUAUUGCCUAUAUUGGUUUGCGGGAUUUAGAUGCUUAUGAAACACAUGAUAUUAGAAAACAUGGCAUUGCUUAUUUUACAAUGCUGGAUGUUGACCGAAUGGGAAUAGAAGCUGUUAUUAAGGAAGCAUUGCAAGCAGUAAAUCCAAGAUUGGAGAAAGCUAUUCACUUGAGUUUUGAUAUAGAUGCACUGGAUCCUUUAGUAGCUCCGAGUACUGGCACUGCUGUUCCAGGUGGUUUAACAUUACGUGAAGGUUUAAGAAUAUGUGAAGAAGUUUCAGCGACAGGAAAACUUUCUAUAGUUGAAUUGGCUGAAUUAAAUCCUUUGUUAGGAUCUAAGGAAGAUGUUGUAAAAACUCAAUCAUCCGCUGUUCAGAUUUUGAGAGCAUGUUUAGGCCAUUGUCGUUCAGGUCAUUUACCAUUCAAUGUUCGUAAUUUAACUGAUCAAGUUAAGCUAAUUGACAUAAACACUCAUGACGUGUAUAAAAAAUAUGAACGAUCAUUCAGUGGACAUGAGAAUUUAAUUUUCAACAAUGAUUAUGCUAACUUUAGUAUUGAAAAACAAAAAAAUGUAAAUGUAAAUUCAAAACGACAUUUAGGUUCAAUUGAUACAAAGCUAUUUGAUAUACAAGGUUUUAUACUGAAAAAGGAAUUCAAUAUGAAUAAUUUAAUCUUAUUUCCAUUUGAAACAGAUAAUCCAUAUGAGGAUGAUAGAAUAUUAGCACAAAUGAGUUAUGUUCCUGUACAAGUGUUAGAAGCACGUAAAAAUGGACGGAUUCUUAUGAAACGUAUUUAUUAUCCAAGUAAAUCCUCUAAUUCAUUUCCCGAUCUGUCACAUUGUCCUGUGUAUGAAUGUAGUGUAAGUCAUACGAUUCAGCAAGCUGACUUAGUUGUUUUUGAAAAUGAUGCAGAACUUAGUAGAUUAAAGAAACAAAAGAAUCAAUCUUGGCUGCUUUAUCAUCUUGAAUCUCCACGACAUUUUUCAUUCCCUAUGUUCAAAAACUUGAUUAAUUUUACCGCUACAUAUACGGUGGAUUCAACUAUAGUUACACCAUAUUAUAAAUAUGUACCAUUUUCAGAUAUGGUACCAAAAGAUUUAAAUCAUUCAAUUGAAUUUGAUAAAGAUUUUUCUAAUGGUAAAACUAAAAUGAUUGCAUGGUUUGUAAGUAAUUGUAAUGGUGGUGGUCCACGAAUGAAUUAUGCUAAGGAAUUAAUGAAAUAUAUCAAGGUUGAUAUCUAUGGUGCAUGUGGAGAUCUAAUUUGUGAUAAAUAUAAUAGCAAGUGUUUUGAAUCAUUGAAAAAUGAUUAUAAAUUCUAUCUCAGUUUUGAGAAUAGUAUCUGUCAAGAUUAUAUUACUGAAAAGUUCUUUCUAAAUGCUCUUAAAAAUACUGUUGUUCCAAUCGUAAUGGGUGCAUCAAAAUCAGAAUAUGUAAGGUCAGCUCCAUCAAAUUCUUUUAUUCAUGUAGAUGAUUUUAAUUCUGUCAAACAAUUAGCGGAUUAUUUGUACUAUCUAGACAACAAUAAAACUGCUUAUAAUGAAUACUUUAAUUGGCAUAACCAUGGAACAGUUGAUUUUAAUACAUUCACUGAUUGUCGACUAUGUAUGCUGGCGCAUGAAAUUGAUAACUUGGAACGACCUUAUUGGUAUAAAGAUGUAAAUCAAUGGAGAGAGAAUAGUUGUGAAAAUCGUAAAUUUCCGAUUAUUUGAUAACCUAGUAGAAAAAAAAACAGAUGAAGGUGUCAGUCGUGGAAUAAGUAGGAAUGGUACUAGACACAAUACAUUUCGUUAUUCUCGAUUCAGCCCUACUUUUCUGUUCAAUAUCAUAGCUAGCAAUGCUUUUGUCCAUAUUCGAAUAUUUGUACACAUAAUGUUCGCAAACACUUUGUUAAAAGUUUGGGUUCCUUUCCACACUGGUCAAAUUUAUUGAGUUCCAAUAAUAUUCAGUUAUUUGACGAUGACAAUGAUAAAGCUGUAUAGAAUGGUAAUGAAAUCUCUGCACAUCACAUAAUCCAGCCCAACGGAUGCAUCAUUCUUAAUCAGAUUCACUUAAACUGUCACAAGUUUUCUAAACAAAAAUGCAUAAUGGCUAGCAGUGGAAUCGAGGAUGCGCGUUUCGUCCUAUUUGGAACUUAUCAGUUGGAUGAACCUUCAUCUCAGAAUUGAUGUUCACUCCGGCUUUUGAGAACAAUGAUUCAAAUCAAUUAACUUAGUAUUUCACUGGAAUCGACCACUUGUUGCACAGUGUUGUACUGAACUGUUCAAAUGUUCAGAGUUUAUUAGCCGAAUGUUUUAGAAGUGUUUAGUUUAUAUCUAACCCUUUAUGAUGAAUUAUUUACUUAUAUGGAUAAUUCAUAAAUGUCUAAUAGUUUACGUUGACUUCAUUAUUGAUGGAAUGGUUUACUCGUAGCUUUACUGAAAUGAAAGGAAUUUAACAGAAAUAUGAUUAAAAAAAACAGAGAUUUAAGACGAACUAUAUAAAUUCAUUUCAAUUCGUCAGAUUACUGUAACCUCCUUACAACUUAUUAUAAUUUACUAAAAUUAAAAUUGUACAUACUUAGAAAUGAAUAUGUACUAUCAUAAAUAUGAAAAUAUUUAGACAAAGUUAAUAAGAUCGAAAAAAAAGAAACCCUAAGUAAGUAUUAUGUACAAGAGAAGAUUGUAUGACAUGAAAAGUGGUCAUAAAACACUAGAUACUUAAAAGCUGACUGAUUAUAUAAUAAAAUAGUUAAAUAUGGAUUAUUGAUUAAUAGAAAUAACAAGAAUCUGUGAGCUAUAUUAUAAAAAUAAGAAUGUGAAAUGAAUUAAAGGUGAUACAAUUGAAAUAAAAGAAGAUCUCAAAAGAUAAAAGUAAUUUUACUAUGGUAAAGGAAAACUUUUUCAAUAUAUCUUUAUGUAGACAUCAAUCAAAUUUUAAAAGAGAUACAGUUCGACUGUUUGUGUAUAAAGAAAUAUACUUGUUAAUUAAAUUAAUACAUUAAUAUUAGAUGGUGGUUGGGGGUAGUCGACAGGAAACCCUGGACCCGGGUUUCGUGCUACUUGCCACUCGUCAGCAAGGUGUACAUGU